CAAGUUUUGUAUAUAUAUUGUGCAUCGUGCCCUAGAUUGUUCUUUUGAAUUCGAGAAGCGGUAGACAUUGCACGUUGAAAGAACAUUAUUUAUUAAAUAAUAACUACAAUUUGUAAUUCGAUUUUAUUGUGUUAUGGAUUCUUUGCAAUUUAAUUAUAAUAUGGAUGAAGGUAAACCUAUAUUCACAACUGCUAGUGAUAAUCAAGCGACCACAACAACGCAGGAGAGCUUCGCACCAUCGGACAACAGGAGCAGCAUUUGUCAAGAUAGCGGAUUUUCUCCGCUGGCUGCACCUUUUCAAAGCCGCGUAGGCAACGAACUGUUAUCAAUGAUGACUCAGCAGGAGCCCAGAGCGGCUGACACGGCGCCGUCAGCCGCUGAAAUAGACGAUGUACUGAUGAAUCUUCGAUUGAACGGCUCAGAUUUAUUGUUUGAUGAUGUCGAUCAUAAUCCUCAAAAUUAUUAUAUUGGAGGUAGGACUGAUCCGGUAGUGUCUCAUCCCAAUAUGUGGUCAGAAGGAUCUGGUCCGACGGCAAGAAACGGUGAAAUGGUCGAUACUUUCGACUUCUUGAUUAAAAGUUUGUCUUCAGCUAACAACUACGUAUCUAUGUUAACGCGCGAGCAAUUGUCUGUGCUGCGUUCGAUCCGCCCAAGUCUACUUUACGAGUUCUUGCAGGAGGUGGCCAAAGUGCGCAGCGAUAAAAGGAUGCGGAGAGCUCUUCCAAAUGAGUGCGCCUUCUGCAAAAACAACGGUGAGAAUGAAGAGAGCUACUCGUCGCACGCGCUGAAGGACUGGCGCGGGCGCGUGCUGUGCCCGGUGCUGCGUGCAUUCCGCUGUCCGCGCUGCGGCGCCACGGGCGACCGCGCCCACACCAUUAAGUACUGUCCGGAGAACUCGGAGUCAGGUCUCGAGCGAUCAGGCAGCCUGCUCUCGCGCCGUCGUAUGGCGUCGUCAGGUUCACUCGUGAUUGGUGCGGGCACGCGCGUGUCUGGCUGCGGCGCGCCCGCAACACCCGCACCCUCGCCAUCGCCCGCUACUUCGCUCAAUCAUUCCUCAUUAUGGUCAAGCUUCGGCAUGAACUAAAUUUAUUAAGGCAAUUUAACGCUAUACAAGAUAUUUUCACUUAGUCUCGUUUAUCCUUAUAUUAAUAAGACGCAUCUAUAUAAGUAUAUUUUUGAGAACAAUAGAUAUUCAUUAAUUUGAAAAUCUAUGAUUAGAAAGUAAUCUGAAAUGUUUAAGUUUACUCAAUGCUACAUAGUAGUUGGUGUAUUUCAAUAAAAUGUUUUAAAUGUGUUAUUUUGGGAUACUCCAGUCUUAUAUUAUAAUCUUUCGUAUGUUGAACGUCUGAGUCGUCUUCCAAUUUGAGCAAAUUAAUGUUCAUUUUACUACGUUUUUCAAGUAGAAUAGUGAACAGGUGAAGCUUAGCGUUGAUCACUACUGAUUCUAAUAAUAGUAUGCUGGCCAUACUUUGUUUGUAAUAGUCAAUAAAAUCAACAGGUAGAUGACUCGACAGUCGACAGUUUUGUUAAUUUUUCAUUGGGUUAUAGAUUGCUUAUCUUCAUUCUUUUGUUUUAAUUAUUUAAUAUAUAACAUCAUUUCAUUAUAAACAAUUAAAAUUCAAUCAUUGCAAUCCUAAAUUUUCAAUGAAUUUAUUGUUAAUGUUGAUGAAUAAAUUAUAAAUCUAUUAAUUCAUGAAAAAAUGCUUAUUUACCAUCUUACUGUUUUAGAUUUGGCAAAUUGACCAAAGUACCUAAUACAAUUUUUUAUCGACAUAGUUUUACCAAUGAAAAAUGUUCUUUCACGUCUUUGUCUUUUCGGUGUGGGUUAAUAAUAAUAUAUUUUUGGGUUUUUAAAAUAAAAUUUAGUGUAUCGA